AUGAUUGGAACCCGAGCUCUCCGUCAGGCUGCUGCGCAUGCCGAGCGAACUCCUCUGAUCAAGUUCAUUGGGCCUCGAUCUAUCCCUUCUUCUGUCGACCACACACCCAGGCCACACCCCGCGUCUCCCACGGGAACUUUGCCCGACUCUUUCGCUGCCUAUGGCAAUGGUUCUACGGCCGCUCGACACGCCUCAUUCAGUUCUUACCGUGACCAUGCCCAGCAGCACGGACCUCUUCAGAAGACGAUUCGCAAUACGGAGAGUGGUGUCGGAGGCAGCUCUGGAUCGCAGCUUGGCUCUAUCAGCCCUCCAUCUGGGGUCUUCUUCGACGUCUCUGAGCUUCCAGCCAGAUUUCGCAGAGCACCUAUUGAUCUAGCAGAGAUUGAAGCCGUUGAGUCCGGCGGUGCUGCUUUGGUCUAG